AUGCAAGCACCGCAAGCUUCGACCUCGCGAGGCGUAAGCUUGGCAGUAAGGUCUCCAAUCAAUGCCACGCUCGCGAACGAUCCUAUCUUGCUAUCGGCGAUCGACGCACUUUUGCCGAGCAACUAUAAUUUUGAGGUAGUCAAGACGCUCGAUCAGAUUCGCAAGUAUGGCAGCAAGAUGGUCGCACUUCAGCUGCCCGAAGGCCUGUCGAUGUGGGGCUGUGCACUCGUGGAUCUCGUCGAGCGUUUCACGGAAGCAGAAGCGAUCGUGCUGGGCGAUGUGACUUAUGGCGCCUGCUGCAUUGACGACUUUACAGCUCGUGCGCUCGGCUGCGACAUGCUCGUCCACUACGGUCACUCUUGUCUCAUACCUGUGGAUACGACUCAGAUCAGAACGCUGUAUGUCUUUGUUGAGAUCUCGGUGGACCGUCUGCACCUCGCAGAGACCGUGAGGCAGAACUUUCCUCGGAUAGCAAGGGAAGAAUUGCGGAGGCGUGAUGAAGUCAGCGCGGGUAAAGGCAAAGGACCUGCUUUGGCAAUCACAGACGAAUCGGUAGGCGCAGACCAAUUAGAAAGGAAGCCCUUUAAGAUGGCUGUCGUGGGCACCGUGCAAUUUCUCGCUGCAGUACAAGGUCUGCCAUCCGAUCUCGCGGACCUUGCGUUGGAUGGCGCCAGACGGUUGGCUAUUGAAGACGCGCCAGCCGAAGUCAGCACGAACGAGCAUGCAGCCGACCAAAUAGCGGAGGAGUUGCACCUGUUUGUGCCCCAAGUCAAGCCGCUCAGCCCAGGCGAAGUGCUUGGAUGCACUGCGCCACGUCUGCCGGCCGGAACGGAUGCCAUCCUAUACGUUGGUGACGGACGCUUCCAUCUCGAAUCAAUCAUGAUUGCUAAUCCAACUGUGCCUGCCUUCCGAUACGAUCCCUACGAGAAGCGACUUACUUUGGAGCAAUAUGAUCACGAGGAGAUGUCACAUCUACGUUCAGAUGCAGUCCAGACAGCAGCACAGAGCAUCGAAAAGAUCUCAGCUGCACCAGGUCAAGGCGCAGGCUGGGGCGUCGUGCUGGGUACCCUCGGUCGUCAAGGCAGCCUCUCGGUUCUCAAGUCAGUCACCCGUCACCUGGACGCAUCGCAUUUCGUGCCUAUUUUGCUAUCGGAGCUUUCACCCGCCAAGCUAUCAUUGCUUGCGCCUCAUCUCGAUGUCUUCGUACAGACGUCCUGUCCCCGGCUGUCGAUCGACUGGGGAUACGCAUUCCCGAAGCCAUUGCUCAGUCCUUAUGAGGCCAACGUGGCUCUUGGGCGCGCGAUCCGAUGGGGCAGCGCUGACCAAAGUGCUUACCCAAUGGACUUCUACGCGGACAAGAGCUUAGGCGAAUGGACGCCUCGAUAUGCAAUCGGGAUCAAGGCAGCAGAGAUGGCCAAGGCGCGGGGCCCUCCGUCGAUCGAGACGAAGCGUCAUGCUUCCCCGACCGCGCGUGGCCUCUGUUAUCGACUCUAUUGCUCCUUUACGACCUUGCACGCUCAAGUCUGCUCGCUCUCGCACCGCUUCACACAGCCGGUCGUCCGAUCGAGAAAGCGCUGCCAAGCGGAGAGCUCCUCUGCGAUAAGCUCGAGUCUCGCUUCAUCGCAAGACAAGUUGAACUGGACAAGUCUGUACUCUGCUCUUCAGCUCAUCAUCGACCCUCUUCGCUGUCCUUUAUCUUGCUUGGGCGGCUCUGCAGAGCGAGACAUGGAUCGUGUCAGCGGACAUGCGUACCUGUCUCACACGAGCUAUGGCGGUUUGCCCGCAAGCAUCGCUCAAGCUACCGCGGACCUCUUGACCUCUGGGCCAUUGCACGCACCCGCCAACCUCGGUAUACAGCCCACAACGAUGCCGACCGAGUUGCCAAGCUUCAAGAAGAAGCACAGACAGCAUCUCAUCGAGGCCCGUGAGGACCCUCCUGCUGCCUCUCCGUCGCCCAGACCCGGUCGCAAGGCAGCUCAGGCAAGUCUCGAGUUGAUGAAAAGACUCAGUCAAGACGACGAUGAAGAAGAAGAAGAAGAAGAAGAGGAGGAGGAGCAGCGCGAGGAGCCAGAAGAGGAGCACAGCGUCGAGGAGGAAGAUCCAGUGCAUCCGCUGACUGCGCCAGCCGGCCUCGCCGUCAGAUCGCCCGCGAAAGCCAACAUUCAGCCACAGGGACGCGCUCAAGGCGAGUCUAGCGGUGGCGCGCAUGACAAGGCGGAGCGAGCAGCGUGUCAGAACUCGAUCGAUCCCAAAGCGUCUCGCAAGCGCAAGCCAUCAGACGCUAGCCAUAUCGAGCAAACGCCGUCCAAAUCGGCCAAGAAACCGUCCGCUGCCCGUCGUCCGCUUACCAGCAAGCCCAAGACGCCAAAGCAGACGCCUGAUCAGAAGCAAACCGGUCACAACACUGGGCUACCGCAGAUCAGCAUUCCCCAUGAUGUGCCGGACGAAGCCGAGCAGUCGCCUCUGACAGACCUUUCGCCUGCUCAUGACGAAUAUCUGCCCGACACGACGCCACAAGCGGCGAAGCCAAAGCCGAAGCGCAAUCGCAGCUCAAUAUCCGAUACAGGCAAGACCAGAGUGACGCCCAAAGUCGGUUGUCCGACGCUCGAGGCCUUUUGGGAGCAGCAGCAGCAUCCCACACCGGAAGACCUCGACAAGCUCAGCGCCCAGCUCAAUUUGUCCAAGACACAGCUCAAGCGAUGGUUCAGCUCGCGAAGGAGCAAGCUAGCCAAGAGCAAGCUCGAGCAGAGGCGCGACAGAGAGACCUCGUCUGAGCUUUCGAGCGUCGGCUCAGUCUAUGUGCCGGACGAGCCAUCGACGCGUACCCGCUCAGCAUCGCCCGUCACAUCGCCUUGCCGUGCCACGUCGAGCAAGACGUCGAUCGCCGUUCCAAAGCUGGAUCAGCAUGCAUCUGCACGUGAACAACAUCACCUGCCGGUCGAUGCCAGGCAAGCGCUCAAUGCAAAGUACUUGCAGUCGCAAAAGGCGGCCAACACCAAGAAGGAUGCCCAGUUCUAUCUAACCAAGGAUGCGCCUGAACAGUGCUUCCACCCGCCCGAUCUCUCUGUCGAGAUCUCACAGCACUCUCAAGCUCGCUCGAUGGCCGACAUUGCUGCUGCAAACGUCCAGCGUCAGCGCAAGGCACAGGCUCAGGUCUCGCGUCGCAUCUUGAACGAGCGAGGUGUCUUGCAUGAGCGCGGUCUCACAUGCGAUCGCGGAUCGGCCGCGACCGGCACCGUUUUUCCGCCUUAUUGGCAGCAAGUCGCACUCUUCGAACAAGCAGGCUAUGUCCAUCCGUACGCGAUGCCACCGGGCGUGCCUCAUCCUGCUCAAGGUACCGACCUGUACUUCCAAUUCAUCCAGUGGCAGCAGAUUGAGCAGCAGCAGCGACGCUAUCAUGAGCAGAUGAUGCGUGCGCAGUUCGGUCUCGGACACUAUCCUUCAGCUGGCCUGCAACAGCAGCAGCAGCUAUUGCGACAGCAGCAGGAGCUCGAACGCGAACAUGGCAUGCAAAUGGGCAUGCAGCCAUCGCAAGUCCAGAGCCAUGCUGCUCAGGUUCAGCUGGCCAACAACCAAUACCAGUAUGCGCAGCAGCUGGCUCACGAGCAGCAGUUGCAUCAGCAACAGGCUCAGCAAGCCCAGGUGGCCCAACUGCAAGCACAGGCUCAUUCACAGGGCAAUGCACACGCCUUUGUUGGUCCUCAUCGUCAUCCGCUGGCUCAAGCGUCUGCUCAGCAGCAAUAUGGGCAGGCUGCUAACACGCUUGACGGUUUCGAAUCGCAAGCUCAUGCCUUCGAGCCUUCCGCGCCACGUCACGCCCGUCGGCCUUCCGAGAUGUCUGGCCAAAGCGGACAUCAGGCACAGCAGUUGGCCAGAGCUGACCUGAUUCUCGAUUCUGCUGGUUAUCAAGCUAUGUUCGGCUCCGUCGUCGGCCACUCGCGUCAGAAUUCGGAGCUCGCUGCACUACACCUUCAACAAACGCAGAUGACCGAUAGACGGGCUCAUCAGAUUUACCAGCGCUGUGGUUCGAGCGAGUACGAUGCCGUGACUAACCAGCUGAAUGACGCUGGGCGAGAUCUGGAAGCGUUCGGCGAUCCAUCGAUCAAUCGGGGUUUUGCUGAUCCGAGGGCAUUUGAGGCACACAACGAAUCCCAGACAGCAGCCAAUCCAAAUCAUCUAGCCGACACCACUCUCUAUGCACCACCUGAUUUGCUCAUGCCGACGCAGCGAUCGAUGGAGCAGCAUCUGCCGGCACCGACCGUCAACAAUGGACACCGCCACACGAACUCGUCUGACCUUCUUCGCUAUCAGAUGAGCAUGCCAUCAGAAGUGCCAAAUCGUAACAGCGCGUCGAGCCAUACAUGGGCUCGUACGACGCAGCCUGAUGCGCCAGACUUGCCUGUGCCCCAGCAGACGUGGCAAAGCUCACGCAACAACGCCGUACUCCAGCCAAGUCAGCAGAACCAUCACGAGCAAGAAGACCGCAGAAACAUGCCAGAUUCGCCUUUGUACGAGCGUAACGAUCAUACCUACGGCUCGCCAAAAGAUACUAUGCAUCCUCUGACAGAUAACAACAACGCCCAGGAUUCUUCGCUCGAUAUGCUGGCUGCGGCCGCAGCAGAGCGACGAUAG